UGAAGUAAAAAUGGAGGACCCUGAAACUGCAGCCAAGCCAACCAAUUAACUCUCCUUUCUCGUCUUCCUUCACGUGAAGGGGACCGACCCACCGGAAUUUUCCAACCGCAGCGGCAGCGGCAGCGGCGGCGGCGGCCGCUAAUCGAUCUCUCAGUCUUAGCGGCGAAGAGGCAAAAAUUUUCUAACAUUUCUUCUCCCUUCCGUCAUUCUCUGUUUCACUUGAUGCAGAAGAGGAGAGAAACUUAGUCCGACGGAGAACUGAAACAGAGAAAGUAUACUAUCGGUUAUUCCCAAGGGAUCGACGAUGAGCCUAAAGCGUCUGCUCCUUCGUCAAACGCUCAAGAAAUUUUCAGGAAUCAGUGGCAGCUUACUACAUCGCCAGUCGGCUAUCCGAAUCAAUGCUACUCGCACAUUCACCACAACACCUUCAUUUUAUUUGCUUGAUCCUCACUACGGUCGUUCUUCUUCAAUCCAUGCCCAAAAUCUCGAGCUCUGCAAAUCGAGUUUAAUUUUUAGUAGGUGCAUUCACUUCACUGUAACUAAGUUGAGCGACACAGCAAUUGAGCCGAAACUCGAGUCUGCGGAUGCUGAGGAUGAUGACGGAUCAAUGAACGAGUUCUUAUCCAGGUUUGUCUGGAUAAUGCGUGGGAAGAUCUCUGAAGCUUUUCCGGACUAUGAUAAGCAAACAGUUGAUGCAAUGCUAUUGAUGAUUGUGGAGAGAGUGGUCUCUGAAAUGGAAAAGGGGAACAUUGGGCAGACGUUGGGGGCUUCAGCAGAUAGUGAGGAUUGGGACCUAAGUGAGGAUUUGUGGAAGACUGUAAGCGAAGUUAGCAACAUGGUCUUGGAGGAUAUGAAGAAGGCUACAAAGAAGGAGAAAAUGAAGGGUUUUCUGCUGUCUGAGGAAGUUCAGGAAAUGUGUAGGUUUGCUGGGGAAGUUGGUAUUCGAGGGGAUAUGCUGAGAGAAUUUAGGUUCAAAUGGGCCCGUGAGAAAAUGGAGGAAAGCGAAUUUUAUGAGAGUUUGGAACAGCUCAAAAAAGAGGCCCAAGAAAAUGAUGUAGAGGGUAAUAACAAGGAUUCUCCGAGUGGUGCAGAGGCUGGAUCCGAGGAGAAAUCCGAGGUUGUUUCUCUUCCCAAGAGGCGAGGGAAGAUAAAGUACAAGAUUUAUGGUCUUGAUUUAUCUGAUCCCAAGUGGACUAAAGUUGCAGAUAAAAUCCACGAGGCAGAGGAAGUACUAUGGCCACAGGAACCAAAGCCAAUUUCUGGGAAAUGCAAACUGGUCACGGAGAGAAUUCUUUCAUUAAAUGAGAACGAUGACCCAUCUCCAUUAUUGGCUGAAUGGACGGAGCUUCUUCAACCCACUAGGAUUGACUGGAUCACCUUACUUGAUAAAUUGAACGAGAAGAAUAGAUUCUUAUACUUAAAGGUAGCAGAACUUGUUUUGAGUGAAGAGUCUUUUCAGACCAAUAUCCGUGACUACUCUAAGCUUGUUGAUGCCCAUGCUAAAGAGAACCGCCUUGAGGAUGCUGAGAGGAUCCUUAAGAAGAUGAAUGAGAAGGGCAUCACACCAGACAUUUUGACAGCCACAGUUUUGGUUCAUAUGUAUAGCAAGGUGGGCAAUCUUGAUCGUGCAAAGGAAGCAUUUGAGACCUUGAGGAGUCACGGCUUCCAACCAGAUGAGAAGGUUUACAAUUCCAUGAUAAUGGUGUCUGUAAAUUCUGGACAACCAAAGUUGGGCGAAUCACUGAUGAGAGAGAUGGAAGCAAGGGACAUUAAACCCAGCAAGGAUAUUUACAUGGCAAUACUUAGAUCAUUUUCUCAACGUGGUGAUAUUAGUGGCGCUGGAAGAAUUUCCGCUACUAUGCAAUUUGCUGGCUUCCCACCAAGUUUGGAGUCUUGUACAUUGCUCGUUGAGACAUAUGGGCAAGCUGGUGAUCCUGAUCAGGCAAGGAACAAUUUUGACUACAUGAUAAAAAUCGGGCACAGGCCUGAUGACAGGUGCACUGCAAGUAUGGUUGCAGCCUAUGAAAAGAAGAAUCUGUUGGACAAGGCUUUGAAUCUUUUACUACAGCUUGAAAAGGAUGGGUUUGAACCUGGGGGUUCGACCUAUGCGGUUCUUAUAGAUUGGUUGGGCAAGUUGCAGCUGGUUGAUGAAGCUGAGCAGAUAUUAGGCAAGAUUGGCGCGCAGGGUGAGGCUCUACCUUUUAAGGUUCAUAUUAGCCUCUGUGAUAUGUACUCAAGGGCUGGGAUAGAGAAAAAGGCGCUGCAAGCUCUGGGGGUAUUGGAAGCUAGAAAGGAGCAGUUGGGACAUGGUGAUUAUGGGAGGAUCAUAAACGGGCUUAUAGCAGGUGGCUUUGUGCAGGAUGCUAAAAGAGUGCAGGGUCUUAUGGAGGCCCAGGGUUUUACUGCAUCCGAACCACUUCAGAUGGCUCUAAGGACAUCUCAAGCUCUUCGUGGCAGAAGACUGCCUUGAGAUGAUUUCUUCACCAGUCCUAAAUGAAUCGACAACCCAUUGAUGCUGCCAAAAAUGUGAAUAUUUAUCAUCAACUAGGAAUCGAUGACAAAGCUAGUGGCUGGAAAGAUUUUGUUCGAUGGAAUCUUCGGCAUCUCAGCAUUUCUUUGUGAGACUGUUGUUUUCUUCCCCCACUCGAAUAUAGGAACAUGUCUUAUGCGAUUCUCUGCAAAUGCCAAGAGCUUCAACUGGUUUAUUCUCCUCUUAGAUGGCUGUGUGAUGCAGCUGGAGAAGGAGCUGACUCCCAUUUUUAUGGUAAUUUAAGAAUAUAAAUGACAGUGUAUUUAGUAUUUACCCGUCAUAAGCUGCAUUGCUUUAAGGAUGUUUGUGUCAGACGUUACAGUUACUAGUUUGUCCUGUUCAUGAAAAAUAAAAAUGUAUGAGUGAGAAACUGUCGAUUUGUAAUCUGGUUUUGUAGCUGAAAGAAGACAGAAAAAUUACCUCACGAGUCAUUAUUUCCCCAACUUUUGUGUACAUGGGAGAUCUCCCAUCUGCUAUUAUUUUCUUCAGGUAGUCUGCUUAGGAUCCAUCAGAAAACAGCCAUUACCAAGACAAUAUGUAUGGAUUGGAGCACAAAUGAGAAACAACUCCCUUUCUCCAUAUAUAUUUGCUCAUUAAA